UACCUUUUUCUAGGAUUCCGUAUACCUUUUCUCGCUUCUUCUGUUGAUUUGAUGGUGUCGUUCUAGCCUCUCCCUUUGCCUCGCUACUCGCGCGAUUUGGGGAAUCUUUUGUCCCAUGCGAAUUUGUCCAACAUCCUGAUUGAAAUCGAUUCUUUUGCGUACCGAAUUCUGUUCUGUUUCUGGUACUCGUCGAUCGCUUGCUGGGUGAUUGUUUUAGUUUAGGUUUCUUUUUGUUGAGCUCUUGCGGAGAGAUUGGGUUAGUGAUGGUGUCGUGCUGGAAGAAGCAAAUACGACAACGCGUAAACGAUGAAUCUAGAUCUUGAGGCAGAAUUGAGAGCAGUGUUUUCAUGAAUAAGGUUGGAUUCAAAAAAGUAAACCAACUUGAUGGAUGGUAUUUACGGAAAGAUAGAUGUCUUCCCAGAACACUUCCAGUCCAUCAAAGCAUCUGAAGAAUCUCCACAAGGAAGCAGUUCAAGCGUUGACCAUAAACUGAGAUCACGUAGUCAUUCAUGGACUGUAAGAAGGGUACUGGGUGCUGCAUCUCUGUUGAACUUGUUUUCACUACCUCGUCUUCCAUGGGGAUCUGGCAAUGAUGAUGAUAAGGUAGAACUCACUAGAGCAGAAUUUGAGUCUCUUUGGUCUGAAAUUGAAGAUGCUGAGGACAGAGAGAUGCAUCUAAAAUCUCAGCUGGAACAUGCUGAUGGAGUUUUGAGAUGUGCACGGCUUUGUGCUUAUCUCUAUGUUCGAACUAGAUGGACACAACUUCCUGGAGAACCUCCUAUAAUAGAUGAUGAUGAUAUAGAUGAUUGGAUUCCCCGAUUCGUCGUUCUCCACGGUUCAUGUAUCUAUUAUUAUCUCAGAUCAUUUGAUAUGAGUCCUCAGGAUACUACAAAUCUAUCUGAUAUUGUUGAACUGGGAUCAAUUCCAAGCUUCAUCGAUGAAGACAAAGAAACAAGAUAUGGUUUUUACCUUUUAACCAGUCAAGGAUUACGAUUUGAAUGCUCAAGUAGUUCCAAAGGACAGGUGGAAUCAUGGUGGACUACUCUAAGAACAGAUUUGGAAGCUCGAGUCUGCGUCAACUCUUCAUGAUUCAAAUAAAUCACAGGGUCUAUUGGAUAGGUUAUAUAGCGUAGGAAUUUGUAAAUACUUCUUCAUGGUGUUUCAAUUGGGUAUUUUCGUAGCUAUUUGUGCAUUUAUGAGGCUUAUAUUUUACUGGAAAUAUUUUGAUCCAAUCGAUUUAGAUAUUA